CACACACAACACAACCCUUACAAAUCAAUAACAACAAAAAUUGAAUAUGAUUCCAACUAUCUUCUUCAUUUUUACUCUUCUUUCUCUUUCUCAUGCAUCAUCAUUAGUAGUAGAUUUCUGCGUAGCAGAUUACACUGCACCAAGCGGCCCAACCGGAUAUUCUUGCAAAUCACCGAAAGAUGUAACCGUGGACGACUUUGUCUACCACGGCCUAAACACAAGUGGAAAAACCAAUAUUUUCAAUACCUCUGUUGCCUUUGGAUUCGACACGCAAUUUCCCGGUUUGAAUGGACUCGGAAUUACCAUCGGACGUUUAGAUUUUGGUGUAGGCGGAGUUAUUCCGCUUCACACACACCCCCGUGCAUCACAACUGAUUGUUGUUAUUGAAGGAACAAUCCUUGCUGGAUUUGUUUCAACUGACAAUGUUGCUUACAUUAAAACUCUUCACAAAUAUGAUCUUAUGGUUUUUCCACAAGGUUUAUUGCAUUUUCAAAUUAAUGUUGGUGAUUCAAAUGCACUUGCUUUUGUUAGCUUAGGUAGUGCUAAUCCCGGCAUACAAACAUUGGAUUUCGCUUUGUUUCAAAGCAACAUUUCGACUUCGAUAAUCACUGCAACUACUUUACUUGAUGCUGAUACCGUGGAAAAGCUUAAAGACGUUUUUGGAGGUAGUGAUUUAAAAUUUGUUGUUGAUCAUGAGAGUGUGAGGAAUAUGCAGUAUUAGUGAGUUCUCUUAUCUUUGAUGGAUGUGAACUUUGGAAAUUUGUGAUAUGAUAUGAAUAAAUGAAUGUGUGGUAUUUUCUUGUU